UAUUAGUUUCACUGACAGGUGUCAGUUGAGAAGGGUUGAUAUAUCUACCAGGAUAGCUAAUUGCAGUGCUUUGAAUUUAAAAACCAACACGUAAUUCCACCGGAAACACGGACAGAAUUCUUCUUCUCCCGCAGCUAAGUCACGUGACUGAUCGCUUCGUCUAUGUGUAGUUGGAGGCUAAUAAUAUAUUCCGUUGUCUGAGCAAUCGUAACCCAUAGAGAUUACUUUCUGGUCUGUUAGCUGGUGUUUGAAAUGCUGCAGAAAAAAUAAAGUAUGGUGAAAGAGCAAGAACUUUUGAAGCACGUUAAACACAACGACAUCAGUAAAGUUCAGAAACUGUUGACCUGCUACAAAAAACACCACUCUACCGCUGGUAAAGAAUCAGAGGUUCUGCGCAAAGAACGGAAGUUCCUGCUAGAGCUGGAAACCAAGAAAAAAGUCAACCAUGUGAACAUCAACUGUCACGAGCUAAGCUCGGGAUCAACGCCUCUCAUUCUGGCAGUACUAAACGGUAAUCGUGAGAUGAUCACACUGCUUCUUCACACUGGAGCUGACGUGAAUGCCACGGAUUCUAAAGGGAAUACGGCCCUUCAUAUCGCAGCGUUUGGUGGCAAGUCAGACAUCCUGGAACUUUUAAUUGAAAAUGGAGCAGAGCUGGAUACCAUUAAUCAGGACAAAAACACCCCGAUGCAUAUUGCCUGUCAAAACUGUACCGAUGGAAUUAAAUUCGUUCUAUUGAAGUUGUUAAGAGCCAUACCCGAUGUUCUACUGGAAAAUAAAGAAGGACAAACACCCUUUGACAUAGCAGCUCAGUACAAUAGAAUUGAUGCUGUUGCUUUGUUGUUAGACUAUGAGCCUUCUUUCCGAAAAGCUAACCGUGCCUUUGUGGACGCUUGUAUUCGAGGCCACAAGAACGUCGUCCAAUUAAUGUUGGAUCAUGGAAUGAAUCCUAGCCACGUGGAUUCAGAUCUUGGAACGUCGGGCUUUCAUGAAGCUUGCAGAUACUUGAGGUAUGACGUCACAGUCCUCCUCAUACAAUAUGGCGGCGACCCAGAAGUACAAAACAAUAAACAUGAGACUCCCGAAACAAUUUUGGGAAAUUAUCCUGCAAACAAAACAGAUCGCUUCUUUAAACUUUUUAAUGAGUGGAAGGAUAAACCAAAACUAAAACCCAAAUACCUUGACAUAAUUUCAGCAAAUGAACAAGGUCUCUAUCCUUUACUGAAUACUGUACAGGAUUGGACUUUAUGUCAUCCCAACUACUGCAGUGUUUCUUCGUCAACUUAUCCUCACACGAACCUUCUAGAUGGUGAUCCGUGCUCAAUCUGGAUUACACCAAAUAAGUAUAGUUCGUGGGUUGUGUUCGAUUUAGGCCGUUCCUUUACACUUUCUGGAAUCGGGAUUAUUGGUUGGGAUAGUGAUCAGAUGGCAAGAAGAUGUUUGCUACAGAAAGCGGAAAGCUUGGAGGGGCCAUGGUUCACUGUAAAAAUGUUGCACUGCCAAAGAAUCGGUCCAACUGAAUCUACAUCACCAGGAGUUCUUCAAGAGUUUCACGGAUUUUUAGACUCAGCACAAUAUUGGAGGUUCUUCGUUAAAGACAAUCAUGGCGCUUCUUUCACCUCUCUUCACGGAAUCCAGUUCUACGGAGUGGAUUCUUCACUUUUAGACUUUUUGGAGGACCUUCACCUAGAACACAUAGCGUCAUCUAUUGCACAAAAAGGAUACAACGAACCGGAAGCGAUCAAGAAACUUACAAAAUCAGACAUCGAUGAACUGAUAACUGACCCUGAAGAUCGUCUGAAACUGUGGAAUGCUGUUAAUCACGAGGAAAAGAGGACCGGUUCGUUACCACGACAACAGAGUGCGUUAGACGCCGUGUUUUCAGAACUGGAGUCCAUGUUGAUCAGUUAGUGGCCACAUUUUGGUGCACCUUGCAUCAGUGUCAACUUAUGGUAUAAAAACUGUCACAAGAACAACUAACUUCACAAUGAGGUUGGUGCUUGAAGACAAUGUGGAAGACUCACUCGAUACAUUUGCUAGCAUAAAAGCUAGUUAUGCUCUCUACGUUAAAUCGAAUGCUUGCAUUUGAAGUUAAGGGCAUUCUAAGAUAAUACUAUGUUAAUCGAAAAGUGGAUCUGAUGGAGACGGGUGUGGUGAAACGUAUUUUUUGUCUUUAAAAACUUCAAAGCAACACGGAUCUGGCACAGCUUUUAGUACAACGACGACGUUACGAAAGUUUUAUUAACAUAAUGUAAAAUUAAUUUGGCACUGCUUUAUAAACUUCAGUGUAAUAACGACGUUACAAAAGUUUUAACUUGAGUACAAAAAAGACAUUACGAAAGUUUUAUUAACAUAAUGUAAAAUUAAUUUGGCACAGCUUUAUCAACUUCAGUGUAAUAACGACGUUACAAAAGUUUUAACUUGAGUACAAAAAAAGACAUUACGAAAGUUUUAUUAACAUAAUGUAAAAUUAAUUUGGCACAGCUUUAUCAACUUCAGUAUAAUAACGACGUUACAAAAGUUUUAACUUGAAUACAACAAGGAUAAUAGGAAAGUGUUUUUAAGAUAAUGUAAAACGGAUCUAGGCCAAUUUUGUUAACUUGAGUACCAGAACGACGGUAUGAAGAUUUUAACUGGAGUACAACAAGGAUGUUACGAAAGUGGUAUUAACAUAAUCUAACGAGGACGUGACGUAACUUUUAUUUACAUAAU